AUGGUGCAGCUUCUGAAGUGUCCUGCAGAGGGGACGGUUCCACUUGCAACUCCUAGAACAUCCAAAGGUCUUCCAGAGAUGUUACAGGAACGGACCUCUUUUAGCCAUCAGUACAAUGCCAGAGGUUCUGCUAAUGAACCCAUCCGAGGAAAGCGACAUGGAGCUUUUGUGUGUGCAGAGAUAAAACCAGCAAGUGCGAUAGUUCCUAAGGGAACAGAAAUAUUCCUGAGUGCUAGAGGGUCAUGUUCACUGGAACAGCCAAAACCAGAGAAAGGAAACUCAGUGAAAAGCCGAAUGACCUCACCCAGUCUCUUCCUGCAGAAUUCCUAGGAGACAGUAGGCUCUGAAAAUCACUUAUCAAAACCAGACGUCAGAGAAAUAGCCAAGGCAUACCCCAGAAUUCCUGUGAGAGGACACAAAAGUUCAGGCAUUUCUCAGACAACUGAAGUGGAUGUUGGCUGCCCUGCUGGGGAGGAGCCCUUUACAUCCUACAAUGAAACGGCCUUCCAUAGAGGAGUGGGGGGAUUACCUACUGUACAUAAAAACAUGCAGAUGCCGAUAGCACCAUCAGCAACUGAAACAAAAAGAGCCUGGAGUCACUGUUAG